CGAAUCUAAACUUAGAAUCAGGAUCAAAAUCAAUCAUUGAUCUGAUCUCUGCUCUAACGUAUCUCGUCUCUCACAGCCAUGCCCAAAACUUCAACCGCGCUCGAAGAUCCGAAAGCCCUAAUCGAAAGAGGAUAUGAUAUAGCGGCUGACGAGUACCUCGCAUGGUGCGUACGCUCCAUAACUAGCUCUUUCCAGGCAUGCAACUCGACAUCGCAGGGCCGGACCGCGACCGACGACCAAACGCAUGCGCCUGAUCGAUGACCUCCUGACUAAAACCCCGCAGACGCCAGCGUUCUCGAGCUUGGCUGUGGGGCCGGUGUGCCCGCCACUCAACUUCUCGUCGAGCGCGGCUUGUCCGUUACGGGCAACGAUAUUUCCGCUGCCCAGAUCGAGCUUGCGAGGAAACACGUGCCGGGCGCCAAGGCGCUCAUCCAGGGCGAUAUGCUCGAGCUGGAAUUUCCCGAAGGCAGCUUCGAUGUGGUGCUCGCGUUCUAUUCGAUCUUUCACUUGCCGAAGGAGGAGCAAGCGCUGAUGGUGGAGAAGAUCAAAGGGUGGCUCAAGCCGGGUGGAUGGAUUCUGUGUAAUUUUCAGUUUGAGGGAAAGGAUAUCACGCGGGAGGGCUGGUUCAAGCCGGAAGUGGUGAUGUUUUCCAGCGGGCUCGGUGUCGAAGGGACUCGCGAGAUGUUCACUCAGGUCGGCGGUUAUGAGCUGGUCGUAGAUGAAGUAGAUAUCGAAAAAGUGGGACGCUUCGAGGAGAAAUUCCAUUGGAUCAUGGCUAAGAAGAAGUUGACAGAGUAGAAUGGAUUGGAAUGUAUGGGUUCAGGAAUCGCUUGUGCACCCAAUAUUUGUCACUGUUAACAUCACACCCAGUCUGAUGUCGAGUGCAUUGAUCGAUUUUCACUUCCCAUGAUGCAAACCAACACUUGAUCGAAAUACUAGCAGUCACGGUACUGGAAGUUCAUCGACUGAAGGCGACGUGUUGUGUAUGGUUUAUAUCAGCGUCUUCAGGCGACACGACAUUCAUUAUUACGCUUGCUGUAGUUGUUGAAGUGAUGGUUGACGACGACGACGGCGGCUCUAUAGGUCUAGGUCUGGUCCAUCAGAUAUCAUACUCGACCACAUGAAUGACGAUUGAAUCCACGUUGCACCGU